GUAGAGAACGCAACAAAUUUUGAUCUCCAGCCAUUUGCCAUCAAAAUAAAUAAUAAUCAAUUUUCGCACAACAAAUCUCGGGCUACAACGUAAGUAAUCGCGCUCUGUUUUCUCCAUCGCACAAAGGAAAAGUAAUAAUGGCUCGUGGUCAUCAGAAAAUCCAGUCGCAACAGAAGGCGCAAGAGAAACAGGCCAAAAUGAAGAAACAGCAGGGCCACGGGCUGAGCGACCAGAUGAAGGCCGCACAGAAGGCGCUCGUGUUUUCCUGCGCCGUUUGUAAAUCGCAGAUGCCCGACCCGAAAACGUACAAACAGCACUUUGAAAAUAAGCACCCAAAGUCGGAGCUUCCGGCGGAACUGAAAGAUGUGUAACAGGGAGUCCUAUGCGCAACUGAGUGGGCCAAAUCCGGCGACCACCGUCGAUGUCAUUCCGAGAGGUUCGAUUCCACGAAUUGCUCAACGAUGCAACCUUUUACAUUUAAUACUCUUCCAUUCACGUUCGAUUUUGACACAGCUUCUGAAUCCUGCUACUUGGCGCUACCGUUACUUAGACCAUUGGGAACGAGUAUUGAAUUUUUGAUAUAUUAUUCGGUUCUUGCAGGUUCAAUGUAAAUAGUUGGGUGCUUCGAAGCCAGGACUGCGCGUCGUGUCUGGCUCCUUCCUUGCGCACUCUUUCUCCUUUACACUUGACAAGUAGAGUAUUAAAUAAACUGAAUUAAUAUACACCUGGAAAGUGAUGC